UUAAAUUAGCCUUUUAAUGGUUGGAAACAACUUUAAUGUGGCCGAAUUUAAACGGCCACCAGAAUUCUCUGGUUACUUAUAAGUUGAAUUUUAUUGUGUUUCUUAAUAAAUAAAUACGGAAGAAGAGGAAGAUGAGUGAGGAGAAUGCAGAGGAGGUGAAGCAGCUGGAGGCUGAGGUGAAGCUGCUGCAGGCAGAGAUCAGAGCUCUGCAGCAGCAGCGACAGGACAGCUGGGAAAACUUCUCCUUCCAGUUCAGGGGACAGAUGCAGCAUGCUCUAGCGUUUGUCUGUGGACGGACGCAGGACCUGGAGGAGACGGUGGUGUCCAGGCUGAAGGAGGAGGUGGAGCAGCUGGAGAAGGACUUGAAGCUGCAGACUCAGAUGAAUGGCAUCAGCUUGAACAGCUGCAUCACAAAGACCCUGCAGAGCCGCGGUCGGGAGGUGGUCCACCAGGUCUGUCUGUCAGGCUGCAGCUCUGAGCUGGUCUUCCAGGUUGAGUUCCAGCUUUCUGAGCUCAAGGAUGGAGCCAGAACAGAGCGGAGAAUCAGAGAUCUGAAUCUGGUGCUGGACUCCAGUGACCUGCAGAGCCUCAGCAGUUUCCUGUCCAGGGUGGAGGAGACCCGGGAACUCCUGUUGUUCUUCAGAACCAUCAGGAGUUUCUCAGAGAAAUGCGACGAUCGGACCAGAACCUUCCAGCACUUCCAGGAGAAGUUUCCCUCCAUCGUGUCUCUUCCCGAAGGCUGCGGCUCAGAGGUCAUGACCUUGAAUCAUCCCGAGCUUCCAGGCUGCGGCUUCUUCAUUCACUGGUGCAUGGAUGUUUCCACAGGGGGCGCCGUCACGCCCAAGAUCCAGCUGCUGUCAAAGAUCCCAGAGAAAGCUCUGCAGAUGUUCCCCAGUCAGCCAGCAGGAGGCGGUGCUGCAGAGGCCUUUCAGAGCCUGCUGAGGAUUCUGGGACCUAAAGCCGCCAUGGAGUCCAUCAUCAGAGCCGUCAGCCUCUCAGAGAGAGACGAACUCAGCGAUUAGCAGCUCCAGAGGUUCUGCUGGACCUCAGCUGAUCCUGAACCAGAACUUUAUUUCCUGUCCUGGACGAGAGAGACGCACUGAAAGCAGACAAACCAGCAGAACUCUUUGGUCCAAAUCUACAAAAAUAAAAUAAAUGAUUUUGGUAGAAAACACCAGACAGCUGUUUGGAUCCUCAAAAAGUUUCUUUUGCUUUGAUUUACACACCGAGGUUUCAGAAGUCUGCAGGAAUCGCAGAGCUGAUGACCUAUGACCCCAGCGAAUGUUGAGGAUCCUGGGAAAUGACCACGGUUUCAAUCCUACUUUUUAGACAGAGAAAUAAAAUUUAGAUCCUGAUUAAAAAUUUGUUUAAAAAGUUCUAAAGAACCAGCAGAUUUAAUUGAGUUUGCAGCUCAUUUUCUCUCUGCAGGGACCUGAAAUCAGCCAACUUCUUCCAAAUGUUGAGUGUUCCUGCCAGGGUUAUAAUAGUUGAUAAACAUCACAACUCAUAAUAUUUUAGGUUCUCAACACCUGAAAGAUGCUGAGAACCUGGAGCUCCAACUGCUGCCUUUAUUCUGCAUCCAAGUUUAUCCUGAUGGACUGAAACCAUAAAGAUUAACA